AUGCAUGCAACGAGCAACGGAGGCGAAGACUGCAUUGAAGCAGCACAACACACACCACCGGUGUCUGAGCUGCUGCACGCAGCAGCCUGUAGUCUGUACACUGUGUGGGGCCCCAAAGGGAACAGCAUAAAGCUGCAGCAGCAGCAACUGCUGCUGCAGCUGCAGCAGCAGCGUCAGCAGCAGCUGCUGCAGCAGCAGCUCCUGCAGCAGCAGCAGCAGCAGCUCCUGCAGCAGCAGCAGCAGCAGCAGCUUUGUCUAAUUGCGCGGCUCAAACACAACGAGCAACAACAACCAGCUGAAACACCAUCGACAGAAUACAACAAAGAACUGCACGCGCAGAAACCACCACACACAGCAACCCCAAACACCCCUCCUACCCCCCGAAACUCUAACCCUCUAGAGCAGGCCGUCUUGGCCCUCAUGGUUUAUUUCCCCCCAACAAAAAUACCAGAAAAGAAGCUCAUACACCUGGUGUGUUUACUGUGUAGAGUUGAGAUAGCCUGUAGUCUGUACACUGUGUGGGGCCCCAAAGGGAACAGCAUAAAGCUGCAGCAGCAGCAGCUGCUGCAGCAGCCGCAGCAUCAGCAGCAGCUGCAGCAGCAGCUGCAGCAGCAGCAGCAGCUGUUGCAGCAGCAGCUGCAGCAGCAGCAGCAGCCUUAA